GCGCAUUUAGUGCACCUUCCCACAUGCCAUGGGCAGUGCUUUUCGCCCCUUUGAGCUUCUGUGGAAGCGGCGCUUGACGCCAUCAGCUUCGCUUCUCCGCUUUGCGGUCCCAGACGGGUUACCGCUCGGUGGGCAUGGCCGGACUGCGCCGACAGGCGUGAAGGUUCAGCUGCCGGGCACGGAGCUGGAGAAGUCCUACUCGCCGGUGUCGCUCCCUGCGCAGGCCGGAAGCUUCGAUCUGCUGGUCAGGGCGUAUCCGCCUCGACAGGGAGGAGGGAUGGGCGCCUACUUGUGUGCGCUGCAGCCGGGGCAGACUGCAUUGAUGAAGGUGAAGCCAGAGAGCUUCAGCCACCUUGGCGGCUUGCCGCUGGCACGAGGCCGCUGGGACCAGCUGGGUCUGGUGGCCUGUGGGACGGGCCUGGCGCCGCUCCUGCAGGUGGCCAAUGAAGCGCUCUCGUGGAACCAAGGCACCCGUGUAUCCUUGGUCCUGGCAUGCCGGGAUGAAGAGGAAAUCCUGAUGCGACAGGAGCUGGAAGAAAUGGCCGGGCCAUUCUUCAGCUUGCACAUCCAGCUGAGCAGACCAGCAGCGAGUUGGCCUGCUGAACAAAGAGGCCGCAUCACACCGGAAACGCUCCAACAAAGGCUUCCAGCUCCUGACAGCAAUUGCUUCAUCCUCGUGUGUGGCACUGACGGCUUUGUGUCAACGGUGGCCGGGCCCGUUGAGCGGAUCCAGCUGGAUGGCAAGAAGAGGAAGGUCCAAGGACCUCUGGGUGGCUUUCUGGCCAAGCUGGGGUAUUCAGCUGACAAAGUACACAAGUUCUAGC